CAAAACCUGCUCCUCGACCCACUGAUGCAGCGCCGCAUCCAGUGGACACGUUGGAAUACUCGCAACCUGACGUGCCCCCCUUUAAAAACAAAGGACAUGAAACGAUUGUGCUGUAUCAUUCGACAAUGUCUGACAACACCAAUAUACCGCCUGCCGACGACAAUCAGACGACACCUCCCCCUCAUAACGUAAAUGGGUCGACGCACAUUACCCGCGAUAGCCACGGUGUAUUUAUCCUUGAAGGCACCGAGACUAAUGUGCUACCCGCCGAUGACAAUCAGUCGACUUUUCCUGAUCCCGGUUAUGAGCUCAACCAGUCGAUGCAUUUUAAUGGCACUGACAACGGUGUGCUUAUCCUUGAAGGCACCGAGACCAAUGUACUACCCGCCGAUGACAAUCAAUUGACUUUUCCCGAUCCCGGUUAUGAGCUCAAUCAGUCGAUGCAUUUUAAUGGCGCUGACAACGGCGUAUUUAUCCUUGAAGGCACUGGGACCAAUGUACUACCUGCCGAUGACAAUCAGUCGACUUUUCCCGAUCCUGGUUAUGAGCUCAACCAGUUGAUGCAAUAUAAUGGCGCUGACAACGGUGUAUUUACCCUUGAGGGCACCGAGACCAAUGUACUACUCGCUGAUGACAAUCAGUCGACCUUUCCCGAUCCUGAUUAUGAACUCAACCAGAUGAUGCAAUUUAAUGGCGCCGGAAACAGCCUCUCCACUCUCAUCGGCGCGCUGGGACUUGAAGGCCCGCCCAACGAGGCUGAACAUGCCGCCUUCCCCGGCUCGCUAUUGCGUGUACGGGAAAUCCUUGGUCUCCUCACCGGGCAGCACUUCAUAGAUAACUAACUAUUUCAGUGCUCUGACACUCUUCCUUGUUACUCGUGUACUGUUCCCCCGGUUAC